AUGACGCCGACGCGCGAAUGCGAUCUCUCACGGGAGAUCGAAAGCGAGCGUCUAACUACUCAGAGUCACCAAUGUGCGGGCGUCGCAGCGAGGGAUCCGGAAGAGCCGCCGCGCGAACACCGUUACGGCAUUAGCGUUUUUGCAGCCGCCAUCAGUGGGACAGGAGCGGCACUCCCGUGCAUCGGGAAGCCAAUCAAUUACAUAUUAGCU